AUGUCUACAUACGAUAACCAACAACACGAGGGGAUAACCAAGACGACGGAGAAGACUCACGACGAACAUGUUGAGGAUUCCAUUGCUGGCGAUCUCGAGAAGGGCAAGGACCUGAACUCUGGUAAUGCCGAACACUCCGAUUUAGGUGCAGCGUGGCUCGCCGAAUAUACGGGACCUAGAAACGAGAUUACCGAUGAGGAGAAUAACGCGGUGCGAAAGAGGAUCGAUGCCUUUUUACUUCCCAUGAUUUUCAUCAUUUACUUCACCCAGCAACUCGAUAAAUCAUCAUUAUCCUUCGCCUCUGUAUUCGGACUGAAGACCGAUGCUCAUUUAGAAGGACAGCAAUAUUCGUGGCUCAGUAGUUUGGUCUACUUUGCACAACUUGUGUUCCAACCUUUAUCCGUAUAUGCUCUCGUAAAACUCCCCGUCAAUAUCUGGAUCUGUUUCUGUUUCUUCGGCUGGGGUGCAUCCCUCUGUAUCAUGUCUGCUUUCACCAGUUUUGCUGGUUUGGCCGUAUGGCGAUUCAUACUUGGUGCAUUCGAGGCGUCCAUCUCGCCAAGUAUGUUAGUAGUCGUAUCGAUGUGGUGGACUCGACGGGAACAGCCUUUAAGAAACAAUAUUUGGUACUCUGCCAACGGUAUGGCUACCAUCCUCGGUAGUUUGAUCACAUACGGUCUGGGUCAAGCAAAUACAUCGUUGCACCCUUACCAACUCAUCUUCAUGGUAUGUGGUUUGAUUGCCGUUGUAUUGUCUGUCCCUUGUUUCUUCCUUUUCCCUGGACACCCAACCAAAGCUAGAUGGCUCAACGAUCACCAAAAGUACGUUUCGCUGGAACGAAUCAGAUUGAACAACACUGGUACCCAAAGUACAACAUUCAAAUGGUCGCAAGUCAGAGAAUGUGUCUUAGACCCUAAAACUUGGUUCUGUGUUGUCAAUGUCUUCUGUAUCUCCCUCGUCAGCGGUGGUAUCACUACCUUUGGUCCAUUGAUCCUACAAGGUUUCGGUCUCAGUACUUUCGACACCAUCCUAUACAACAUGAUCCCUGGAGCCAUAGGUAUCGUCUCCAACAUCUUAUCCGCUCUCGCUGUGACUUACACUAAGCGAAAGUUCCCCGUCUUACUUGUUGCUUCUGCCUUCCCUCUCGCCGCUGCUGCUGCGUUGUAUGCUCUACCCCGAGGUGCCGAACACAAAUCGAAACUGUUGGGUGUCUACUUCAUUCUCCAGGUCUAUCAAUGUAUCAGUCCUCUCUUCUUCAGUUGGCAAUUCGCCAAUACUGCGGGUCACACCAAGAAAACCACUACAACCGGUAUGCUCUUUGUUGGUUUGAGUGUUGGGAACAUCGUUGGUCCUCAAUUGUACAAAUCAACCGAAGCACCUUAUUAUCACACCGGUCUUACUGGAAAUCUGAUCGUUCUCGGUAUAAUGUUCGGACUCAUCAUCUGUCAAGGACUGUAUCUCCACAUGUUGAACAAGCGGAAUAUCAAACGAAGAAUCGCCAGUGGAAAGACCGGUGCUCAUAUCGAUCUAUCACUUGAGAACUCCUCCAAAUGGCAAGAACUUCGAGCGAAACAGAGAGCCGGUCAAGUUGCAGAUGGACAACUUGAGGGUGAAGGAGCUUACAACGAUCAAGCUUUCAUGGAUUUAACCGAUCUUCAAAAUGAGGAUUUCAUUUACUCCUUGUAA